AUGUCUGGAGUGAGGCUAGAUAAUACUGACAUUUUUGAACGUGUUGGAGCCGAACAGUAUGGAAGACCUGGUGAAGAAACUGGUCCAUUAGAUACUAAGGAGAAUGCUCCACACUAUACAAUCCAAGGCGUACUACACUUUUUGCAAACUGAAUGGAAUCGUUUGGAAAUGCAACGCUCCCAGUGGGAGGUUGAGCGAGCUGAAUUGCAGGCGCGAAUAGCAUUCCUCCAAGGGGAGCGUCGUGGGCAAGAAAAUCUGAAGCAGGAUUUAGUUCGACGAAUUAAAAUGUUAGAAUACGGUUUGAAACAGGAACGUGUCAAAUUUCAUCAAUACAAAGCUUCUGUUUCUUCUGGCAAUUCACCCAAUGCCAUCAAACAAGCUGAUAAUGAGGAUUCUAGCACCAGAAAUGAACUAACUGUUGUAAAGCCAGUGCUGGAACCAGCGGAAAAACUGGCUGUAUGUACUGAGCAGACUCUCGAAAGCAAUGUGAAAUGGCGAGAGAGUCGAUUACGUCUCAAACAGUUCCUUCAGGAGGUUGGUUAUGCAGAUGCUGUCCUCAGUGUACGUGAAGCACGUGUACGCCAAUUGUUGCUGUCGGCUGCAGGGUGGCCUAAUGAACCUGAUUCUUCUCUCACUGCCACGGAUCCAAAAAAUAAACACUAUCUUUGGGAAUCUGAUAAGCUCAAAUCAAAACUCAAUGAUAAUGCUAAUUAUGAUACCAGUCUUCAAGAUGAACUUGCCGAAGAUGCUAUUGCAAAAAUAAAUCAAGUUGUACGCUCAGGCUCAGAUUUUCUCACAUCUGACGAUUUAAGUUCUGGAUUUUGUAACGAGUUGACUGAUCAGUCUACCGAACCGGAUACAACUGGCAAUUCUAGUAAUGAUAAUUCAGAAUCGUUUGAUAAUGCGAAUUGGGUGAACCGGUUCCGGAUCAGUCAACUCGUUACAAAAUCCAGAACUCAAAUCAUCUGA